AUGGGCAUCACAGCGUUGGUGGGGAGAAAUCACGGUGCUGCCGAAUUGGUGCUAUUUUUAAUAGGAAAACUUGCAAUUACAUGUAGUUUUCAGAUUUUAUACUUUUUCACCUCAGAAAUAUUCCCCACCAAUGUUCGCAAUAGUUUGCUAUCAUUUUGUUCUAUGGUUGGACGCAUCGGUUCGAUGUUGGCGCCUCAAGCACCGCUCUUGGCCAAUUACUAUGAGUACGCACCUCAAAUACUUUUCGCCAUCUUUGCUUUGAUUAGCGGCACCUUAACUCUACUAUUUCCAGAAACAACUGAUAAGGUGCUACCUACAACGCUACAAGAUGCCGAGCAUUUGAAUGAUAAAAAUCUUAAAAAUGCCAAAAAAAUUGCUGAAUAAUGGUGGUUGGGGGUCGGAGAACGUUUUGUGUUAGAACUAUGUUGUCAAUGACCAAUCUUUUUAGUUAUUUUUUAUAUUACGUUUAAUUUAAGAGUGCAUGAAAGUGUUUGUCUGUGUGUAAAAAAGUGAAAAUGUGUCACAGUCAAGGCAUUAUGCCUUAGUGCAUAAUUAUUGAAUUAUAAUCAGUUCAAAAAUAUAAAUACAAAGGAACUUUUGUGGUUCAAAUAGUUUUAAAUUUUUUCUUUAUUCGUUCGUGGGCUCUAUUUAAAACUCCUAUAUCACUAGCUUAAUAGUGAAAAGUUGCUGAGUGCAUUUUAACAAAUUUCAGAGGGGAAAUACUUCUUAAAGCCAUUGGGCCUUAUGAAUAAAAAAUAAGCAAUUGCUUUUUCUUAAAAUU